UACCAGGGCUGCUACAGCGACACGUCGAAUCGCGUGCUCCCCGUCUUGACCGAAGCGUGGAACAUGACGCGUGAAAAGUGCGCCGCUAUCUGCAAAGACUACAAGUACUAUGGGCUUGAGGAUCAUAAGCAAUGCUUUUGCGGAAAUAGCUUUGUGGGGCAUACGGCUAAGAUUGCGGAGAAUAGGUGCAAUAGCAAGUGCCUGGGUAGCAACGACAUGUGUGGGGGCGGUUGGGCUUUGAGUGUGUAU